GACCUUCUGUGUGUCAAGUGGAAUUUAAGUCCGGGGUACUGAGCAGGCAGAGUGGUGGGGCACUUCCUCCUUGACGGAACUGAUCAGACUCAGCAGACAACAAGCAAGACAGGCACGUCUAAGAUGGAGUGAGGCACAGUCGGUGAGACAGCUGAAAAAACUCUAAAUGUAAACAUAACAAUUUGCUUUUUACUGCUGUCAAAAAGAAGGGCAUCAAAAAAGUGUCAGAAGCUUCACACUGAUUAACUACCGGUACAGCUUCUCAAUGACAGAUUUCAAGACGAGAAUGAGAUUGUACACCACAAAGUAAGUCAGGACAGAUUGCCACUGAUUCUGAGAAAAAUCCUGCUCCUUUAGUACUUAAAACCACAGAACUGUUUUCAGCUGCAACAGAAUUUCAAAGUACAGACCAAGUCAAAAUUGGAAACAAUGGAGCAUCUUCCACAGACAAAAGGAAAGGGAGUCUUUAUGUUUGCCAGGAGGCGUCAAAGGAUGGAUGAGCUUUCCGCAGAACAAGAGGAAAUGAGACGCAAAAGCAUACCAAUGGAUGCAUUUGUUGAACCAGAAGGUGAAACUAUUAAACCUCCUCCGCGGGAAGAAAAUACACAAGCCCCGCAAGAUAUCUAUGUAAGGCAACAACAACAGUAUCAAGACCAGCCAUUUCAGCAACAGAUGUUACCACAGUCAGCAAACGGUUUGAAUGGUCUGGAUCCAUAUCAAGGUUCAGCUGUUUCCAGAUCCCUUGUCUCCAACAGAACUGCUAAGCCCUUUCUGGGUGGUCAUAAUCAAGGACAGAAAACUUUUUCACCAGUCAGCGGUGUCUCAAGCCCAACAUCUAGGAAACCUGAAAACAUAUUCAAGGUUCCUGUUCCAGUAAACACAGCCCCACAGGUUUGGUCCCCCACAUCAGACAUCAUUGCUUCACGUGAUGAACGCAUUGCUAUACCUGCAAUUAAAACAGGGAUCCUGCCAGAAACUAAAAGGAGAGGAGCAAACAAGACAGACUCAAAAGAGAAGCCUCUGCUUCAGAAAAAAGGUGAACAGAAGUCCGUAACAGAGUCAGUUCCAGAAGAAGACUUUCUCAGUCUGGGUGCAGAAGCAUGCAAUUUCAUGCAAGCUCCAACAAUCAAACAGAAAAACCCUCCACCUGUCCUACCCAAACCUACCAUCAACCCAGCCCACCCUCUUUGGUCUGCAGAGGGUCAUGGCAUGUCUCAGAAUCCCCUUGCAGCAUCAAGCUCAGUUCCAGCGAUGGGGAACACCCAAGUGCAGGCAGUACCCCAACAAAGCCCACCAAAGCAGCCUGCUGAAAAAGCCUGGCCCCCAUUGUCAUCUCAACCAAUUACACAGGAGGCAUCACCUGCUUGGGUUCCAUCCCACACACCAGAUCCGAAUCAACCAGCCUGGACUCCAGAACCACAUCAGGCAAAACGUACACCAGAUUUACUCCAUGCUGGUCCUUCCCAGGCUAAAACAUCAUGGAUUAGAUCAAGUGAGGGUAACUCUGUUGCUUCCUGCCCACCCCAACACCUGAGCACAUAUUUUCAGGGAUCUAAAGCUCCAUCAUCUUCUCCUAAAGGGUUCUCAUCAGAUGCAGGUGCUUCUGAGGGACUGAACCUUAAAGGAAAAGGAGCUGAACUGUUUGCCCGAAGACAGUCCCGAAUGGAAAAAUUUGUGGUGGACAAUGAGACUGUGAAGGCCAACAAAGCAACAUCCUCAUCGCCAACACUUUCAAUGCCAAGCACCUGGAAAUACUCUUCUAAUGUCCGUGCCCCACCUCCAGUCUCAUACAAUCCUAUUCUGUCUCCUUUUUAUCCCCUUGCAGCAGUUAAACAACCCCCUCCUGCAACUAGCCCAAAGAUAAAGUCUAAAGCAAACACGGAGAAGAAGAAUCCACCACCCAAACAUCUAAAUGUUCUGGAUGUUAUGAAACAUCAGCCUUAUCAGUUAAAUUCCUCACUUUUCACCUACAACUCCACUCCAGAGGCCAAGGAAGCAGUUCCGCCUACAGAGUCUAAGCAAACGUCUGCUCAAACUCCUACCAGUUUCCAGUCCCUUGCUUAUGAGCCCUCUACAGCAUUCUCUCCCUCCCCAAAUAGUUUGCAGUCAGUAAAGCAAAUUCCAUCUAAAGCCACUGGAGAGAUAUUCAGCAGGAGCCGUUCCUUGUCUUUCCCCCAGAGACUGUCCUCUGUGUCUCCUGCUUCCCCCGUGUCCACACCAGGUGUCCAUUCAACAAGUCAGUCACUGGACAGGCAAUAUUCAUGGGUGGAACAGCCCAAAAAAACACUCUCCUCUGUGGAGGCAGUUUCUCAAAGCUCCUUUGGUCCUGAUGAGUCCAAAAUUUCUGCUAUUCAUAGAAAAUCAUUACCAGAAACACCAGCAGAAUGGAAGCAAAGAGUUUUCUAUGACUCUGUUGGUGGCUCACAGGAGAUGGAGCCUUUAAUAGCUGUUACACCCCCCACCAACAGCUUUCCUUCAGUGCCAAAAGAACCAAUAUAUGGGCCGCCUUUCCGUCCUGCACAGCCUCUGGUGACCAGCAACAGGUACAACAGGGGUAGUUCUCUACCCAGAAAUUUCACACUUAACACAAACUGUCCACAAUUGCAUAAAGUCAGUUGGAAACUGUAAUUAAAUACUUCUGUUCAUGCUGAUUAUUAUUAUUAUUAUUUUUUUU